UGCGAUAUUUCAAGUCGUCCCGUGAAACUCUGUGCACUGCUGAUAGUCCUCCGUGACUUGCGGCUCAGCCGGCCUCUGAGACGAUGACGACAUCUGAACGCUGUCCACAUGAUCAGGUACCUCUUAGCCUGAUACAGUUGAACCGGAGUAUGUCUGCGGCCCACACAAAGCACUGCAGGCGAUGUAGCAGCUUAUCGCACCUCAAUAGAUAGCCAAAAGUUCAGAUGAGCAUACACGUGCAACCGUGGGGUAAGCUCGCCGUUGCGCCUUCGAGACGCGUCGCACAGGCCUCGGCCCUAAGCGGACCGCCGAUCAUCAGAGCUUGGGGAAGUUUAUCGAUACUCACACCAACAUCAAAUGCUCACAAUCCACCCACAACUAUAAAGCUCUAACAGUAACGCGAUACUUGGCUACAUAUUGCCGCAUCUGGGACUCGCUGUUGUUUCUCCAUCUAGUCUACGCACAAAUUGAGCUUCAGGCUCAACGCUGCCACCAUGCACAUCAUAUCAAAGACUCUCGAUCCCUUGUUCGCCAUCUCGAUAGGGCUGGCCGCUGCCGUAACCCGUAUCAACCGCGAGGAGAAGGAGAAGGGACGAUCAACACAAGAGACAAUGGACGUAUUCAAGAAGAGGUGGGCACUUGCAUGGCAAAGCGAGCCGGCGGCAGAUAAAAAAUAGUGAUCUUCUGUAGAAGCGCAGUCAAGCAGCCCUCGACGUAAACCUUCGGUCAAAGGUGAUAAGCGCGAUCGUAUGGUCAAGCGACCGAGGAGAAAGCCCUGGGCUACAAGAUUGAACAGCUACACAACUGCCUGCAGAAUAUCCACUGGGUCUGUCAUAACAAUGGUAUGGUACGCCCUUGAAAAAAAAACGGUGCAGUCUAGCGUUAGAAGAGCGAUGGUCCAGUACGGCGAAUGAUACCCUUUCUUUGGCCCAAGAUGUAAACACAAAUAUCGACAUUGGCUUGAUCCUUUGUGUCAGUCGUGAAAUAUCUGCGACUUUUUAUUUCUGACUACAAAGGUCUGGGAAGAUGUGCCAGAUGUGCCAGAUGUGCCAGAUGUGCCAGAUGUGCCAGAUGUGCCAGAUGUGCCAGAUGUGCCAGAUGUGCCAGAUGUGC